AUGAGGAACAUCCGAGUUACUUCUAAGCUUUCGAUCCGGUUGUUUCAUGGAAGAAAGUUUGCAAAUUUGGUAGGUGAUAAAGAUGCUACUCUUGUGACAACGGCGGAAUUAAAUGAAUUAAAGAACCAUUUCAAGUUAAAGGAAUCGGAUAGUAAUAAGGCUACCAGUUCGGUUGAUAAGCUAGAUGAACGAGAGUAUCGAAGGGUUAAAUUGGAUAAAAUACGUCAACUGUUUGCAUCUGACACUGUUAAAGGUUAUCUUGCUUAUCAGAAGCCAAAAUCUUUACAGAACCCAUACCUUGAUAUACGAGCUCUACCGCUUACCGAUUCUGCUACAGGUGAAGUUACGUAUGAAGGGAAAGCAAGGCUUUCGGUGACCAAAUUAUUAACCAAACGGUGGUGUGAGUUAAAGGAGACCUAUGAUAUUUAUUCUAAAAUGCCAAUUUACAGGUAUAAAUAUAUUGAGGACGGAAACAAACAACAUCAGGCAUUAGAUGAUGAUCUUCAUGCACCAUCUAAAGAAGCUUUAGAAUUUACAGAAACUUUUGAAUUGCUGGUACCUACUGAUAGUUUCCAUGAGUAUGCUGGAAAGUUAUUGAAUUGUAUUAAUAGAAUAUGUACUUUGUUCCAGGAGGGAGAAGCGAGAGAAAUAUUAUGCCACGGCUAUGUAGAUUCAAAUAAUGGAAAGUUGGUAUAUGGGGCUGUUCGGAACGAUGCUGAUGUCCUAAUUAGUGGCAUAAUUGAUCAUUUAAUUUUUGUGACUGUAGUUAAUAAAGAAAGACAUUUCAAAUUACCGUUGAGCAGCGCUCUUCGAGAAGAUCAUAACAACGAUUUAAGGAACAUACUUGAAUAUAUAUCUCAAAAGGUGCGUGAUAAUGAAGACAGAUUAGAAAUCUUGGUUAGCGAUGUCAAAACAAGAAGGUCUAGGAGGAUUCCGCCACAGGAUAGUGUGAGACAAGCUUCAAAGUUACAAGUUAUGUACUACAGGUAUUUUUUAGAAUCCCUUGGAUCAGAUGCAGAAGGUGCUUAUAUUAAUAUAUUAACCAAUGCCAAAAGAAGAGGAUACGAUGUUGACGCUCCUAUAAACCCUGUAAAACUAAUAUGCUUAAUGGAGACUGAAUCUAUAAUCAUGCAAGAUAUGGCUCGAUUGCGAGACGGUAAACCUAUUGGGUUUGAUCCAUUCGACGAAUACUAUAUGCGCAAAACUGGCACACAACUUUACGACUUGAGCUCUUUAGCAAAUGAAAUCACUGACGUUUAUACAUUGCAAAAAUAUCGUGAGUAUUUCAUACCAUGGGAAACCCCGUUUACUUUGAGGUAUUUAGCGGCUAGACUAGCCCAGGCUUAUGGUUGUAUAUCGCCAUUAUUAUCGAAUACUGUUAUGGUGGAAUAUUCAUACAACUAUGAAACAUUCCAUAAUGCUAUUUUUAAAUAUGAUUUCAACCUAUUACAAGAACAAUGCACUAGCAGUUCAUUAUUCUGGUUUGGUAAGCGGGACAUUGAACCCAUCGAGCCAACUUUGAGGAACUUCACAACAUAUUGCACCUACUGUGAUUACAAAAACAUCUGCCUCUGGAAGAAGAGGGGCAUUGAAAACCUCAAGUCUCUUGGUAAAGACCUAAUGAAGAUCCACAAGCCAAAUAUUCACCCGUAA